AUGAAACUCAUGCUCAUGUCUGGAGGUUUUGAACAUCAGUCAAAGUCAAAUAUGGGACAUUCAGAUGAUUCAAGCGUACCAUUUUUGGCAGAUCUGAAAAAUGAGUAUCCGGCAACUGAGAAAGCUCACAUUUCACCUCGAGGUUCCCUCAGAACCACCACGUCGUCAAAGGCACAAACUUAUUUCUGGAUACCAUGUAUUAUCGUGAUCACGCUACUCUCAAAUACCGCGACAUAUCUUAUCACAUAUCAAUCCCAAGGAAAUCUAGACAAAACGUGUGCUAAGCAUACGAGUCAAAGUUGGAGCCCCGUACUCGACAAAGUCGAACUCAAAUACGAAACUGUCCGGUUCAACGGUUCACUGUUCACCAAUACCAUAUACCGAGAAGAUCCCAGUCCUGAAGUCGAUCAAGCAUGGUAUAAUCUUGGGACGAAUUACAAAGCGAUAAUCAUCCCAACAGAAGAUGCACCCAAAGCAGGGAUAUCACUAGAUCACUUCCGAGUCGAUGAGAAAGAUGGAGGUCCUGGGUAUCCUGCCACGGUUGAGGUGCUACAUCAAUUGCAUUGUUUGAAUCUCCUCCGACAAGGCCUUUACUAUAACUCUGAAUACUAUCAUAAACGUGGAGAAGGGCCUUUCAAAAACGAAGAAUUUGUCUUGAAAGCACAUAUAAAUCACUGUCUAGAUACCAUCCGACAGCGUCUAAUGUGCACAGCUGAGACAGACGCACAUCCAUAUCUCUGGGCAAUGUCCGGCCAACAUACUCAUUUGUAUCCAGAUUUCAACCGUGACCAUAAGUGUAAGAAUUUUGAUGAUAUAAGAAAGUUUGCAGAGGAACAUCAGGCGCCUUGGCGUGAUGAUGGAGAGUUGGAUGUGCAACCGAAGGAGGGAGAGAUUGUUUUACCGGGUAUUCCAUGA